AAUUGGUUUAAAUGAAAAUCAUAUGAUAUUCCUUAGCAAGACUUUAUUUAGGAAGUGGUCAAAUAAAAGGUUCUCUGUUCUCUCUCUCAUAUCAUAUGAACAGAGACCAGCACGUAACUGUAUGACUGUAGAGAGUUUGUUUAUGUCUGCAGCUAAACCACCUUUGGCUUUUCCGACACAUUAGAGUUUUCAUAUUUUCAACGAGUGCAGUGCAGUGCACGCAUCAUCAAAUAUAUAUAUAUAUUAAACCUAACUACCACGUUUUUUACAAAAUAUAAUAAUACACGAUUCAAUUUCAUUCGGUCACAACCAAAGUUACAAAUAUUAUCUCUCUGUUUUCUCAAACGUUGAAGUCCAAACAAAACUCUCUCAAUCAAUCAAUCACAAAAACAACAAGAUAUUGUUAAAGGAGGUUUAGUAAUAUGGGAAAUACGGAAUCAAUGUCUGAAUCUCAACAUGAAUUUUACAACCAACAUCCUCCUAGUUAUGAUGGUAGUUCAGUGAGUAAUAGCUAUCAUCAACCUUCUUCUUAUGCUGGGAGUUUGGAUAGCACUACCUAUGAUCAACCCUCUUCUUAUACCGGAAGUUCGGGAAUUACUAAUCAUCAACAACCGUCUUCACAUGCUACAAGUUCGAGGAAUACUCGCCAUCGUUAUAACGAGAAACCAACAUAUAUAGCUGACAAUUUCAGCUCAUUGGAUCAGGUUGUUUCUGCUCUGAGAGAAGCUGGUCUAGAAUCUUCAAAUUUAAUACUUGGUAUUGAUUUCACAAAAAGUAAUGAAUGGUCAGGUAAGUACUCGUUCCACCGGAAGAGUCUUCAUCAUAUCGGAAACACUCCUAAUCCAUAUGAGCAAGCAAUCUCCAUAAUUGGCCGCACACUGUCUACUUUUGAUGAAGAUAAUUUGAUACCGUGUUUUGGGUUUGGUGAUGCUUCUACACACGAUCAGAACGUGUUCAGUUUUUAUCCUGAUAAUAGAGUUUGCCACGGGUUUGAGGAAGUACUUGCACGCUACAGACAGAUUGUUCCACUCUUGAAACUGUCAGGGCCAACAUCAUUUUCCCCUGUAAUUGAUGCAGCAAUUGACAUUGUGGAAAGAAACAACGGCCAAUAUCACGUUCUUGUCAUUAUUGCUGAUGGACAGGUUACGAGAAAUCCUGGUACGCCACCUGGAAAGCUUAGUCCACAAGAACAAGCAACAAUUAAUUCCAUAAUUGCUGCUAGUCAUUAUCCUCUCUCAAUUAUUUUGGUUGGAGUUGGAGAUGGACCAUGGGACGAGAUGAAGCACUUUGAUGAUAACAUUACCGGACGCUUAUUUGACAACUUUCAGUUUGUGAACUUCACAAAGAUCAUGUCUGAGAACACGGAAGCAUCCAAGAAGGAAACAGAAUUUGCACUUGCUGCCCUUAUGGAGAUUCCAUUUCAGUUCCGGGCAGCUCAAAAUAUUCAACUUACCAAUGAACCAGUUCAUUAUCAACAUAAAAGACCUCUCCCUCCACCUAAGGAAGUAAUAGAUCACGAUAAUGCGUUCAUGGCGACUCCACGCAUGACAAAUUUCAAGUCAACUGAACCAACGGCUCCAGCCAGUGAAGAACCAGUAUGCCCCAUUUGCCUAACCAAUCCGAAGGACAUGGCUUUUGGAUGCGGUCAUACAACUUGCAAGGAGUGUGGUGCAACAUUAUCUUCAUGCCCUAUGUGCAGGCAACAAAUUACAACUCGCUUGAGAUUAUAUACUUGAGUCAGAUUACUUGCUAAUUUAUGCUAUAGCAUUGUAUUUGAUGUAUAAACACUAGUAAAUAUUACACCAUUUCUUUACAAUUCAGCCUAAGAGUGAUAUGUAUAGAAAUGUUGAGUGUAAAUGUAGUACUUAAACAAAGUGUUCAUUGGGUAAAGUGUAUAGGAAAAGAAAAAAAGGUAAAUGACCCCAAAAUUUUCUCU